AUGGCGUCGGAGCAGCCUGUCGAAGCCGCCCCAUUGGGUGGCUCUCUUUCUGAUCGCAUUUCGAAACCCGACGAACCAACUGCCUCAGAAACACCCGAGCAGACGAGCGAUCAGGCCGAUGGCGCUUCCGCGCCACUCGGUGGUUCCGACUUGCGCGAGCCCGAAUAUAACGUUGAGGUCAAGCUCAGCGAUCUUCAAGCCGACCCUAACAACCCACUCUACUCCGUGAAGAACUUCGAAGACCUUGGACUCGACCCGCGUAUCCUCAAAGGACUGUCGGCAAUGAACUUCCGGAAGCCCUCGAAGAUCCAAGAACGUGCUCUGCCUUUGCUGCUGGGCAAUCCGCCUAAGAAUUUGGUCGGACAAUCUCAAUCGGGUACCGGAAAGACCGCCGCCUUCGUCCUGAAUGCUCUGAGCCGCGUGGACCUAUCGACGGAACAAAUGCAGAAGACGCCUCAGGCUUUGAUCCUAGCGCCCACCCGAGAGCUGGCGCGUCAGAUUGUUGGUGUGGUUUCGGUCAUGGGUCAGUUCCUUGACGGACUCAUCAUCGGCACGGCUGUUCCUGCGGAUAUCAACAAUCGUCCUAAGAGAUUGGAAUGCUCUAUUGCUGUGGGCACCCCAGGCACGGUCAUGGAUAUGAUUAAGAGGCGCAUCAUGGUCCCAAACAAGCUUAAGGUCCUUGUUCUGGAUGAGGCAGAUAACAUGCUGGAUCAGCAAGGCCUCGGCGACCAGUGCAUCCGUGUCAAAGCUCUGUUACCACGGGACAUCCAAGUCGUCCUGUUCUCAGCCACAUUCCCUGACCAUGUCCACGCCUAUGCAGCGAAGUUCGCCCCUAACGCGAACGAGCUUACACUGCAACACGAAGAGUUGACCGUUGAGGGAAUUAAGCAGCUCUAUCUCGACUGCUCGGAUGAGGAGGACAAAUAUAAGACCCUUGUUCAACUUUACGGCCUUCUCACCGUCGGCUCCUCGAUUAUCUUCGUUCAGACUCGCACAUCAGCAUCUGAGAUUGAGAAGCGAAUGGUCGCCGAAGGACACACUGUCGCAUCCCUUACUGGUGGAAUUGACGUCACGAAGCGUGACGAGAUCAUUGACAAGUUCCGCUCUGGUGAAGCUAAAGUCCUGAUUACCACCAAUGUCCUUGCCAGAGGAAUUGAUGUCUCUACGGUUUCCAUGGUCAUCAACUAUGAUAUCCCCGAGCUCCACAGACCUGGUGUACCUGAGCGACAGGCAGACUUCCAAACCUACCUGCACCGUAUCGGUCGCACGGGUCGUUUCGGCCGUGUCGGUGUCUCCAUUUCGUUCGUUUCGAACCGCGAGGAAUGGGAUAUGCUGAACCAGAUUCAGCGAUACUUCAACACCGAAAUCCAGCGUGUCGAUACCAAGGAUUGGGAUGAGGUCGAGGACAUCAUUAAGAAGACCAUCAAGAAUACCCGUGCCAAUGCGCAGUUCGGAAAGCAGUAG